CACACUCGCACACGGGCUCUCAAGGUGUUCUCCGCACAGCAGAAGAUGGCGACAGACUGAGGGGGCAUGGCCAGCGGGAGCCACGGGGCCGUGCGGCUCGGCGGCCGCCACAGCGGUGCUAACGGGAGACGGAAGCGAGCGGCGCACUAAGUGAAGCCCGGUGUAGGGUCCGGCGCCUGUGGCGCCGCAGGGAGCCAGGUGGCCCGCCCGAGCCGGAACUCCGGGAGCAGCAGGCGCGGAGCCGGAGCGGAGCCGGCCCGGGACCGGCCCGGGCGAACGGCCAGAGCGCGAGGGAAGCCCGAAGGGCCGGGCAGCGGGCCGGCCGGCGGGCCUAGGAGGGCGCAAGCAAGGCAGGGAGCCGCGCGGAGCAGGCAGCAGGCGGGCUGGCCGACGGGCGGGCGGGAGCGGCGCGGCGCGGCGCGGGGCGAACGAGUGGAGCGUGGUGGCCGGGCCCGCACGGCGGCGCUGAGGGGCGCAGAGCUGCGCCGAGCCGAGACGGCCAGAACACAGUGCGAGCCGGGCGGCCGCCGGCGCGAACUAGAGUGGCGCGGAGCCCUGGGCAGCUGAGGGGCCCGACACUAUGAGGAGUGCGGCGCCGCCGCCGCAGCCGCCACCGCCCCAGUGCCCCGCACAGCCCCCCGCCGGGACGCUGGGCAGUGCCUAGAGGGCCGGGCGGCAGCGCCCGGGCUGCGAGCGAGGGGGCGCGGGAGGAGCGCGGGGACGGCACGAGAGCACCCUGCGACUCUGGCCUGAGCGGGGCCCCGGGCCGGCCGGCCGGCCUGCCUCACCAUGCGGCCCCCGAGGUAGAGCCUGGACGGCGCGGAGGAACGCGGAGCGGCGUGCAGCCGGUUCGCCCGCGCGUGACGGCUGUCCGGCCUCGCGCCCGCCUGAUCCCUCCGGCCCGGACCCCCCCUGAAAUAUGUUCAGGGGCGCUUGGAUGUGGCCCGGGAAAGACGCCGCCGCGCUGACUAUCUGCUGCUGCUGCUGCUGGGCUCCCAGGCCGAGCGACAAACCUUGCGCUGACUCUGAGCGGGCGCAGCGAUGGCGACUGUCCCUGGCGUCCCUGCUCUUCUUCACCGUGCUGCUCGCUGACCAUCUGUGGCUGUGCGCGGGGGCCCGGCCCCGGGCCAGGGAGCUGAGCAGCGCCAUGCGGCCGCCCUGGGGGACCGGCCGGGAGCGGCAGCCGAUGCCUCCUCGCGCGGUGCUGCCCCUGCCGCCGCCGCCGCCGCCGCCCGGCGAGCCCAGCGCGCCCCCGGGCACCUGCGGCCCCCAGUACAGCAACCUGACCAAAGCCGCCCCCGCUGCCGGUCCCAGGCCGGACUGCGGUGGCGUCCCAGAGCCCACGGGGCUGGAUGCAGCUUGCACCAAAUUGCAAUCUUUGCAGAGACUUUUUGAACCGACAACCCCAGCCCCCCCACUGCGGCCCCCUGACUCCCCUUCCCGUGCCCCGGCCGAGUUCCCCUCCGCCAAAAAAAACUUGCUCAAAGGCCACUUUCGGAACUUCACUCUCUCCUUUUGCGACACCUACACGGUCUGGGACUUGCUGCUGGGCAUGGACCGCCCCGACAGCCUGGACUGCAGCCUGGACACCCUGCUGGGGGACCUGCUGGCUGUAGUGGCCAGCCCGGGCUCCGGGGCCUGGGAGGUUUGUAGCAACUGUAUCGAGGCAUACCAGCGGCUCGACCGACAUGCUCAGGAAAAAUAUGACGAGUUCGACCUCGUGCUGCAUAAAUACUUACAGGCAGAAGAGUACUCAAUCCGGUCCUGCACGAAAGGCUGUAAGGCUGUCUACAAGGCCUGGCUGUGCUCAGAAUACUUCAGCGUGACCCAGCAGGAAUGCCAGCGCUGGGUGCCCUGCAAGCAAUACUGCCUGGAGGUGCAGACCCGGUGCCCCUUUAUACUCCCUGAUAAUGAGGAAAUGGUGUACGGAGGGCUUCCUGGCUUUAUCUGUACAGGGUUGCUGGACACUUUGCCAAAGCGGCCGGAAACCAAGUGCUGUGAUGUACAGUGGGUCUCCUGUGAGUCGGAGAAGAAGAAGUUCAAGGAGACUGAGGCCCCCAAAACCCACCACCAGCAAUUCCACCACUCUUAUUUCCACCACUACCACCAACAGUACCACCACUACCACCCCCGCCAUGACCCCCCAGGCCACAUCAGCCACAAGCCCUCCCUGCUGCCGGUCUCUGGGGGCUCCCGCCUCAGCCCCAGCAGGAUCCGGCUCUAUGUCCUUGUUCUCAUGCUCCUCCAUACCAUGGUGUCCUUCUCCAGCAGCCAGGGUGGUGGAGGACUGGGGCUGGAAGCACUGCCAGCCCUAGAUGAGGGCUUGACUCGGGAAGAGUGACAGCAGGGAGGGAGGGCAGACCUCCACCACACACAGACAUCAGCUCCAGCCCCCUCCUAGGGGGAGGGGGAGGGGCUCCUCCCAUGGGAGGUAUAGGGUCAGGUGGGGGGCUGGGGGAAAUGGGGGGCCACACAUCACCCCCAACCUACCCCCACCCCAGAAGCAGCUCCAACAGAACAGCCAGAGGGCCCCAGGGAGCUGCAAAACUCAUCCGGGAGAAAAAGGCAGGAGCAGCAGAUGCGCCCCCUCAGGUCCCUAUCUAUGGGGCUUAGCAAAAAAAAAAAAAAAAAAAAAAAAAAGGCGGUGGAGUGGGGGCUGGAAGUACCCACUCCUGCUGAGGGUCCUGACCCUAGGGAAGGAGGCUGCUCAUUGGGCCUUGGCCCUGCAGGGAAUGUUGGAGGGCACAGAGAGGAGAUGCUCUUUCCCCCCCUCGGCAUUCCUUUUUGCCAGGAUCCUUAAUUCCCUCCUGCCCAUACCCCUACAGGCAUUGGCAGACAGUGCAGCGGCCCUCCUCCCAUUCCUGCGCACCUUGCCCCAUGUGGGGCUGCCACAGGGAAGCACCAAGCUGGGAGAUGAGGUGCGCAUAGUCGUGGCUAGGUUGAGGCCCCAGUGAUGCUUUGCCCCACCACCCUAGGCCAUGAGGGGUAGUCAUGGGGUACAGGAUGAGUGAUGAGAGAGAGUGGA